CGCCAAAGCCCUGAACGCCACUGAGGGCGUCGAAGACGCGAAAAGCAAGGUACCUUAAUCUUAAGCAAGUACCGCGGCGCGAAGUCAGCGAGUCCAAUCAUGACUACCUCCAACAUCCUGUCGCUUCCCUUCAGGAAGUCGAACCAGCUCUCCCUCGCGUCCUCAAUCCGCCAGUACAUCUCCAAGAAGUAUGACCAGCACCCGGAUAUGUUCCGCCAUGACCUCGAGGUCAUUGACUCGUUGCGCCGCGACGCCGUCAACACGCGCGACGCGCAUCCUAGCGGCAUCAAGAAGCUCCAAAUUUACGCGGGCCAGCUGGUCUGGAUGAGCGGAAAAUUUCCUAUAGAUAUCGGAGUCGAUUUCACCUGGUAUCCGGCCCUCGGCUACCACACCGAACACCCCCUUGUCCAGAACAACCUCAAGUACGAGCUCAUCAAUAUCCUUUACAACCUUGCCGCGCUCUACUCCCAGCUGGCCGUAUCCUCCAACCGCAGCAGGACCGAGGGCCUGAAGACCGCAGCGAGCUACUUCUCCCAAGCUGCCGGGGUACUCAAGCACAUGAAGACCGAGGUCCUGCCCGAGCUACGCAUGGCCAACCCCCCGGACGAUAUGGACGAGGCCACGCUGGAAUCCCUGAUCCAGUUAUUCCUGGCUCAGAGCCAAGAAUGCUUUUGGCAGAAGGCCGUCAUGGACGGCUACAAGGACGCCUCGAUCGCGAAGCUGGCCGCGCGGGUGUCUGACCUCUACAACCUGGCUGGUGAGGCCGCCAUGCGCAGCGAAGCCAUCAGCUCUGCUUGGAUUCACCAUAUGAGUGCGAAGCACCACCAUUUUGCCGCUGCUGCGCAGUACCGCGCCGCCUGCGAAUGUCUGGAGAGAAAGCGGUACGGUGAGGAAGUUGCUCGCCUGGCUGAUGCCGUCGCGUGCGUCAAGGAGGGACUAAAAGAGUGCAAGGGAGGAUACAUCAACCAAGCCGUGGUCGAUGACCUUCAAGGCCUCAAGAGGCGCGUGGAGGAGGACUUGAAGAGGGCUGAGAAGGACAACGACGUGAUUUAUCUACAGGUGGUCCCGCCGAAAUCCGAACUUAAAACCCUUGAGCGAGCCAAUAUGGCGGUGGCUCGUGUUCCACCUCAGGUCGCCAAUCCGUACGAGUACUUUGGGGAUCAUGCCGAGUUCGGGCCGGCCUUGUUCACGAAGCUUGUCCCAUUUUCGGUCCAUGUAGCUAUAUCCAUCUACGAGGAGCGGCGCGAUCGGAUCGUGAACAACAACAUCGUCGCCGAGCUUGAGGCUCUGACGGAUAAGCUACACGAAAUUCUCUCCGGUCUAAACCUUCCAGGGUCACUACAGGCCCUUGAGAAGCCCCUGGGGCUGCCAGGCACGCUUGUGCAGCACGCUGAUGAAAUCCGCCAGGCUAAUGCCAUCCAACGGCUGCAGCGAGGGCUGACGGACAUUGAGAAGCUCUGCGCCAGCGACAAGAUGAUAUUCGAGGAAGGGAAGGCGCUGCUGGCAGCCGAAGAGCAAGAGGACAAGAAUCUCAGGUUGAAGUAUGGCACACAGCGCUGGUCGCGCCCCGAAUCUCGGCUCGAGUCAAGCCGUGACGGCGGUGCCAGGCUGUGGAACCAGGCUGCCGAGAUUGACGGGUACUUCGCGUCCAGUACGUCCAGUGAUGCCGUGGUCCGCGAGAAGUUUGCCGCGGUCAAGGACACUCUGGCUAUCCUCGCCGGGCCCGACCGGGGAAUCAUGGACUACAUCCCCAACAGCAGGAAGACUGAGAUCCCUGAGCUUCUCAAACCCGCCAUCGGCCGGCUACGGGGCGUCUACAACGAUGUGUUACGCCUCGAGUCGCGGAGGAGGAAGCGCGUCGAGACCCUCAGAGCCCGGAGUCGCGCCGAUGACGUCAAGACAGAUAUCCUCGCCGAGGCAGCCCGUCUCGAGCGGACAUACCCAAAUACACCUAUCGUCCCGGCGCAUUUUGAGGAGUUCUUCGACAAGCGAUUGGACAGUUUGUACGAGGCCGAGUUGGAAGUUGUUGAGAAGGAGCGUGCAGACCAGGAAAAGAUCGUGGCAGAUCUUCAACGAGCCAACCGCGAGUUUGAGGCGCAGAAGAGGAGCAUCGGCGAGAAGGGGAGCUACGAGAGGGAGAAGGCUCUCCAGCGGUUAGACAAUGCUUACUACAAGUACAAGGAAAUCGUUAGCAACGUCGAAGUCGGGAGGAAGUUCUACAACGAUCUCAGCCGGAUCGUCGAGCAAUUCCGGAAUCAGGCGCGGCAUUGGGUCAACGAAAGAAGAAAGGAGGCCCGGGCUCUUGAAGACGAACUAUCCAUGCCCCCUCUCUCCUCCUUAUCACUCAACCCUGCUCAACCAUCACCACCACCAGCCCAGUCAUACCAAACCUCAAACCCAGCCUCGUACUACACCCAACAACCGCAAAAACCACAGUCAUACCCCCAACCAAUCCGUCAGAACGUGCAUGCUCCCCCGCCGCCGGUCGAGGCCCGGAUCCAGAGCUGGGCGGAUAACGUCCAGCAACAACAGCCCAGGCCGAUGCCCCCGCCCGUUGCCCCCGUCGCUAGCAUGCAAGGCGCGUGGACGCCGGAUUUGGGGAUACGGUUCUCGUCUGGGUCUCCUGCUGGUGGUGCUGUUGGCGGUGGUGGUGGCGGCGGCGGCGGGAAUAAUGGUGUACAGGGAGGGUCGAAACCGCCUGUAAAAGGGACGUGGGAUCCGAAUAGUGGGAUUCGGUUUGGUUAAGGUGGUAGGGAUAAAGUGGAUGUGAAUGCUCUGUGAACCGUCUGUUAAGGGUCGUGGUUAAAGAAGAAUAAGGGAGGAUAUAGACAUAACAGUGGGAGAUACCAGGUAUAUACAGCCAAGUCACCUUGCCUCCUACAUGCAUCCUUCUAAAUUCGAG